CCCAGGUUUUUGAUGAAGUGCCAGAAUGAGACGGUGACUAUUGAGCUCAAGAACGGCACAAUUGUCCACGGAACCAUCGCAUCAGUCUCCCCACAAAUGAACACAGCUCUCCGAACAGUCAAGAUGACCCCCAAGGGCCGCGACACCAUCAGUCUGGAUACCAUGAACAUCCGCGGCGCAACCAUCCGUUACUACAUUCUGCCCGACUCGCUACCCCUGGAUACACUUUUGAUCGACGACGCCCCCAAGCCCAAGAACAAGGCCCGCAAGGAAGCUGCAGACAGAGGCGGCCGUGGAGCAAGAGGUGGCGGCAGAGGACGUGGCAUGGGCGGUGGUCGCGGUGGCGGCCGUGGAAGAGGUCGUGGCGGCAGGGGCUUCUGA